AUGCAUACAUCUAUCUAUCCAUCUAUCUAUCUAUUUUAUUUCGUAUCUAUCUUUAUAUUUAUCUAUCUAUCUAUUUUAGAUUCGUAUCUAUCUAUCUAUCUUAGUUUCGUAUCUAUCGAUUUUAGUUUCGUAUCUAUCUAUCUAUCUAUCUAUCUAUCUAUCUUAGUUCUGCAUCUAUCUAUCUAUCUAUCUAUCUAUCUAUCUAUCUAUCUUAGUUCUGCAUCUAUCUAUCUAUCUAUCUAUCUAUCUAUCUAUCUAUCUAUCUAUCUAUCUAUCUAUCUAUCUCAGUUCAGUUAUCUAUCUAUCUAUCUAUCUAUCUAUCUAUCUAUCUAUCUAUCUAUCUAUCUAUCCCACCAUUCACUGCGUUCGAUUGGGCAAUGCCCAGAUUCUUUUCUGUGUAUGCCAAUCGGGAGACAUUUUAGUCUCCACGUCUUAACGCUUCUUCUCUUCCGUCUUUCCUCUUUGGACAAUUACAACACAAGACAUGUCUGUCUCUUUCCAUUUCCAGUCAGUUCCUUUAGCUUUUUAUAUAUUUCUUACUCUAUCGUUGAUUGCCUCUUUGUAUCCAUUAGACUCUUCCUAUUUAUCUAUCUAUCUAUCUAUCACAAUCUAGAAUGUACGUAUCUAUCUAUCUAUCUAUCUAUCUAUCUAUCUAUCUAUCUAUCUAUCUAA